UACACUGAACAAGACGCUUCUUGCAAAUAAGCGCUUUUCUGCUUUUCUCUCAUAAUUUUUUUCCGGCGUUGCUGUCGUUUUUAAUAACUUAACGCAAAACCGUACCUUUCGCCAUGGAGAAGCUGGUCGUGCUCGUGUUGGUGGCAGUGUGCAUUGGUUACGUGCAGUCGGACACGCAGGUGACGAUCGACAAGGCCAAGCAGAUCGUGUCUAUCGCGCAGCAAAUGCAGGCGGACAUCCAGAGCAAGGGCAAAUCGUAUCAGCACAUGGCGGACAUCGUGGCGCAGGUGGCGCUCAUCGUCAACAACACCGACACCGACGGCCAGGCGUCCGGCAACAAGGCCUCCAACCGCGCCAGCAACGGACUGACCCUCGCCGGCGGCAUCGUCUCCGGCAUCGGUGGCGCCCUCUCCAGCUUCGGCAAACUUCUCUAACCAAGUCCUGGUCCCGUUCGCCCUGGUUACCCAUUACAUGCGCCAGUUUGUGUUCCGCAGGACGCACUGUGUCUUUAACUGGAUUUCUGGUUUAACAACUGAUACAAGAUUAUAAUGAAUGCUGCGUCUGUGUGACUUUAUAAUCCGAAUGGCCCCGUUCACGCUAAAGCUUAGCCCCCAGAUUUUAUACUAACACGACUGCUAUCAGUUUCUACGCAGCGGUCGUAUGUAAAAAUAAAGCCUGUUUGUAGCAGUUG